AUGAGGAUAUACACCACCUCCUGUCUCUGUCCCUUUCUGGUCUGCCUCUGCUUCAUCCAGAAGUGCUACGGGGCGAGCCACCACCCCAGCAAUGUGCCCUCCAAGAACCAGACCAAACUGGCCAACGGGGAGACAGAGGUGCACCACAGGCCUAAGCGUGGCUGGAUCUGGAACCAGUUCUUUGUUUUAGAAGAGCACAUGGGACCAGAUGCACAGUAUGUGGGAAAGCUUCACUCAAACUCAGAUAAAGGCGAUGGAUCCGUCAGGUACAUUCUGAGCGGGGAAGGAGCUGGGACUAUAUUUAUCAUCGACGAAGUGACAGGAGAUAUUCAUGCCACUAAGAGCCUGGAUCGGGAAAGGAAAACACAUUAUGUCCUGCAUGCACAAGCCUUGGACCGCAACACAGAGGAGGCCCUGGAACCAAAGUCAGAAUUCAUCAUCAAAGUACAAGACAUCAACGACAAUGCACCUAAAUUCACAGAUGGACCCUUUGUAGCUACGGUGCCUGAGAUGUCUGAAGUGG